GUGACAACGGAGACAACGGUGACAACAGUGACAACAGUGACAACAGUGACAACAGUGACAACGGUGACAACAGUGACAAAAGAAACGACAGUGAAAACAGUGACAACAGUGACAACGGUGACAACAGUGACAAUGGUGACAACAGUAACAACGGUGAGAACAGUGACAACGGUGACAACGGUGACAACGGUGACAACAGUGACAACAGUGACAACGGUGACAACGGUGACAACGGUGACAAAAGUGACAACAGUGAAAACGGUGACAACGGUGAGAACAGUGACAACGGUAAGAAGAGUAAGAAGAGUGACAACGGUGACAACAAUGACAUCGGUGACAAUGGUGAGAACACUUAGAACGGUGGCAAUGGUGACAUAGGUGAAAAUGGUGACAACAGUGACAACACUAGUGACAAGGGUAACAACAGUGACCACAAGGAGAACACUGACAAUGGUGACAACAGUGACAACAGUUAACUGUUGACAACGGUGACAACAGUGACAAGGGUGACAACGGUGAAAACAGUGACAACAGUGACAAAAGUGAAACAGUGACAACGGUGACACUAGUGACAACAGUGACAACGGUGACAAUGGUGACAAUGGUGACAACAGUGACAACAGUGACAACAGUGACAACAAUGGUGAAAACAGUGACAAAGUGGUGACAAGAGUGACAACAGUGACAAUGAUGACAAGUGUGUGACAACAGUGACAAAAGUGACAAGAGUGACAACGGUGACAACAGAGACAACAGUGACAACAGUGACAACGGUGACAACGGUGACAACAGUGACAACAGUGACAACGAUGACAACAGUGACAACAGUGACAACGGUGACAACACUUAGAACGGUGACAAUGGUGACAACAGUGACAACGGUGACUACAGUGACAACGGUGACAACACUUAGAACAGUGACAAUAACGGUGACAAUGGUGACGACAGUGACAACGGUGACAACGGUGAAAACAGUGACAACAGUGACAACGGAGACAACGGUGACAAGAGUGAGAAGAGCGAGAACGGUGACAACAGUGACAACGGUGACAACGGUGACAACAGUGACAACGGUGACAACGGUGACAACAGUGACAACGGUGACAACAGUGACAACGGUGACAACGGUGACAACAGUGACAACAGUGACAACGGUGACAACAGUGACAACGGUGACAACAGUGACAAUGGUGACAACAGUGACAACAGUGACAACGGUAAAAACAGUGACAACAGUGACAACGGUGACAACGGUGACAACAGUGACAACGGUGACAACAGUGACAACGGUGACAACAGUAACAACAGUAACAACAGUGACAACAGUGACAACGGUGACAACAGUGACAACGGUGACAACAGUGACAAUGGUGACAACAGUGACAACGGUGACUACAGUGACAACGGUGACAACGAUGACAAGAGUGACAACAGUGACAACGGAGACAACGGUGACAAGAGUGAGAAAGACAACGGUGAUAACAGUGACAACGGUGACAACGGUGACAUCAGUUAGAACAAUGACAACGGUGACAACACAGACAACAAAAACAAAGGUGACAACAGUGACAACGGUGACAACGGUGACAACAGUGACAACGGUGACAACAGUGACAACAGUGAGAAUGGUGACAACAGUGAAAACGGUGACAACAGUGACAAUGGUGACAAUAGUGACAACAGUGAGAACGGUGACAACGGUGACAACGGUGACAAAAGUGACAACGGACAACAGUGA